AUGAGCUGUAAGUAUGCGAUUUUGAGGCUGAAUGGAGAAGCAUCGAUUUCGUAUGAUGGACUGAAAGCCAAAAGAAAACAUGAAGGAAAGAAGAAAAUAACAUCUUGGGAAUCCUUAAAACAUAAGAUCAGAAGAAGGUACGUUCCAACAAACUACCCAAUCAUAAUUUAUCAAAAACUUUCUGAAUCAUGGCAAAAUAAAUUAUUGGAUGUGAUGGAUUAUGAUGAAUCGUUGGGAGAGACCAUUAUAACUGAAGAACCUACCUUUGUGCAAGAAUCUUAUGUUGUUAUUGAAUAUGUUGUGAAUGAAGAAUCUACAAUAAUGGAGAAGGUUUGUGAAGACGAAUAA